AUGAGGGUCCUGCUCUUAAUCCUGGGAGUCCUCACCUUGCUGUUCAUAGUUCCUAUGGCCAGAAGUUUCCUGGGGUCUCAGAACUGCGCCUCAGAGAACCGCCACUGCAGAAUGAAGUGUGAAACCACCGAAUAUGCUGUCAGAUACUGUGAGGACUGGACCAUCUGCUGCUGGGCAAAGAAGAAAAAAGUGAAGAAAAAAAAGAUGUGGUGA